AUGAAGCAAUAUUCAACUCACAUCCUGAAACAAGCGUCUGAGGCUGACCUCUGGAAGAUCAGACAAGGACUGGGAGACUCACUGCGAGUCUACAUCGAAAAGUUCAGAGCAGUAAGAACUAAACUCUCGAAUCCCAACGAUCAGGUAGCCAUUGAGGCUCUUAGGAGAGGUCUCUGGUAUAAAUCAGGUUUCUUCUCGGAGCUAACGCUAAAUCCCCCUCCAACUAUCGACGACGCCCUCCAUAAGGCCUCUAGAUACAUUACCUUGGAGGAGGAAACGGCAGCAUUAGAUAAGCUCCACAGAAAACCCCAGAGUCACCCGAAAGGCGAAGCCUCCGAUGGAAAGGGACCUCACAAAAGAGGUAGCUCCCGAAAUAAUCAGACCCAUGGAGAACAUUCUUACGUAGUCGAGGAAGACAAGGAAGAAAAACCUGUCGCCGCGACAGCUAAAGCCCCCUGGUCCAAAGGUUAUGACGAGAGCAAACAUUGCUCUUACCACGAUCGAAAGGGACAUUCUACCGAAGAAUGUUGGGACCUCCAACGACAACUGGCUGCUAAAUUCGCAGCCGGAGAAAUAAAAGAUGUGGACCUCAAAAAGCCACAACCUUAUCAGAAGAGAGGUCCCAGAGAUAGCUCUCCAAAACGCGAGAGGUCACCUGAAAAAGAAACAGACUCACCACCCCCAGCUCCCAAAAAGAGAGUCGAUAUGAUCCUUGGAAAGUUUCCACAAGGAAAAAGCCUACAAAUCAAGGCCCUCUUGAGUAAACCACCUCCCCAAUCGAGCCCUGGCUCAAGGGUCGAUUACAUCCUUGGAGGGUCCGAUGUGUGUCAAGACUCCGUUAACUCUAUUAAAAGUCACGUACGGAAAGCUGUGUCAAACACUCAGUCCAAACCGACCAAGCCUGAGUCUAACACUAAGAUCUCUUUCUGGGAGAGUGAGACAUUAGACCUCGAUAGACCUCAUGACGAUGCCCUUGUCAUAACAUUAAAUAUAGCAUGGUACGAGGUACCUAAGCUCAUGAUCGACACCGGAAGCUCCGUCGAUCUUAUUUUCUACAACGCACUAAAGGGAAUGGAAAUAGACGACUACGAAAUUGUCGACCAGAAAUCCAACCUCGUAGGUUUCUCAGGUGAAACAGCCACCUCAUUGGGAACAAUUAAGCUCCCAAUUAUAGCUGGCGGAGUCAUGAAAAUGACCAACUUCAUAGUUGUCGACAAACCAUCCCCUUUCCACGCAAUCCUCGGAAGGCCUUGGAUUCAUAAGAUGAAAGCAGUAGCUUCAACUUAUCACCAAUGCGUGAAAUUUCCAACAACCAACGGAAUAGCUACUAUACACGGUAGCCAAAAGAUUUCAAGGAUCUGUUACCUGGGAGGAUUCGAGAUCAUAAAAGAAUCCCCCCAAUAG